AUGACCAGGCCGGUUCCCAAGCCUCCUCCUAUCACUUCAGAUUCACCCAUCGCCCCCGACUCCGACAGUCUGGCUUCCGAAGGCGGCGACGAUCGCCUGGCCGACACUCAGUCGCUCUCGGCCUCCAUCACCGACUAUCCCACCCACUGGGGUCGCCGCUACCACCGCUACCGCGAGGGCUCGUACCCCUUUCCCAACGACGAGUCCGAGGCCGAACGCCUCGACUCGCAGCACGACAUCUUCACGUCCUAUUUCGAUGGCCGUCUCUUCUUCGCCCCCGUCGACCCGGACACCUGUCUCCGCGUGCUCGAUAUCGGCACCGGCACGGGCAUCUGGCCGAUCGAACUUGCCGAAUCCGGCAAACUCCCCAAUGCACAGGUGACGGGCAUCGAUCUCUCGGCCAUCCAGCCCAACAUGGUACCCGAGAACGUCACCUUCGAGAUCCAAGACUGCUCCGACAGCGACUGGUGCCGGCCCCCGGGCCAGCUGGACUUUGUGCACGCGCGCAUGAUGGGCGGCAGUCUCGAGUCGUACAAGAACUUGAUCCGCACAUCGCGCCGCUACCUGCGGCCCGGCGAGGGCUGGCUGGAGCUGCACGAGGUGCACCCGACGCCGCAGUGCGACGAUGGCACCAUGCCCCGCGACUGGAAGUUUGCCGAGUGGGAGGACAAGCUUCACUACGCCAGCAAGCGCAAGCUGGAUCCGCCCCGGCCUGUCCGUGUGGCGCAGCACCUACAGCACUGGAUGGAGGAGUGCGGCUUCGUGGACGUCAGUCAGCUGGUCUUCAAAAUCCCGUUGGGGCCGUGGCCCAAGGACAAAAAACUCAAGGGUAUUGGGGCCGAGUAUGGCGCCAACUGGAUGGAAGGCCUGCCCGGAUUCAGCUACAAGUUGUUUGGCGCCGAGGGCCUGGGCUGGAGUCGCAAUGAGAUCGAGCUGGGGCUGGUGGAGGUGCGGAAAAGUCUCGCCAUGCGCGACGUCCAUGCCUAUCUGCGGUACUAUGUCGUGCUUGGCCGGCGACCGUCCGAGGAAGAGGAGAGGGAGUUGCUGGAGCGGAGGAGACGUGGCGAGGAAGACUGA